GACAUCCUAUGACAACAAUGAUAUUAUCUGACGUGCACGUAUAAUUAGGAAAUAAGUGUUUAAUUUAUGAUAAUUAUGGUUUAUUUUCAUGUUUGUUGUUAGUAAAUAAUUCUUAUUCCACGUUUUAUCAUGUGGAAAUGUCACAAGUGUCACAAACCGGUGUAUUUCGCUGAAAGAAAACAAUCCUUGGGUUACAACUGGCACCCCGAAUGCCUGAGGUGCGAGGAGUGCGGAAAGAGAUUGAACCCCGGACAGCAUGCCGAACAUAAAGGUGUCCCGUACUGUCAUGUGCCUUGCUACGGGGCCUUAUUUGGCCCCCAACUAUUCGGACAUGGGACACGCGUUGAAUCUCACAAGAGCUUUGGGGCACAGAAAGAGUUCCCGAAGUUGAAUAAUGGUGCCGUUUUGCCUAGGUCUCACUUGGAAUCGAAAAUAAAGGUAUAUAAUCAGUUUUACGAAGGCAAAAGCGGAGAGAUCCGUUGCAGAGAAGUUAACGGAAGAUUUAUACUUGAAGGCUCUCUACGAAUCCACUGGGGUGUACACGGAGUGAUCCAUUUGAAAGAGAACGACGAUCAGAGAACCGUCGUAACCGUAAGAAAGAGAAACUCUUAUCGUUCAUCCAGUCCGGAGUAUGACACGGACGAAGACGUACAGAACAUAUCUCGCGAUACAAGUUGCAACGACAUAUCCUCGUAUUCGGACGACAUCACUACGGAAACGAAGUCCGACACCGGCAUCGAAAGCGGGACAGAAUCUGUCGAGUCCAGCAUAACGGAGAGCUCCUCUCUAUCUCCGCAGAAUAUCGUUCCGAAAAGCGUCACUUUACCGUCCAAAUUGGAUAUCAAAAACAUGGAGUGGGACGAACUGGACGAGUUGUUGCAGGUAGAGAGAAAAAUCGAUGUGUCUGAGAGUAUAUAUCAGACUAUGCCGGUUACGUUGCCUUCGCAGGUUAGUGUCGAAAGCGCCAGCGGAUCCAGCCAGAGCAAUAGUAGCAGUACCAAGACUGAAAGCAUAUCCGAGCCGACAAAAAACAUCACAACGACUGACGACUCUAGUCAAACCUUAAGGGCUUCCAUCGCUAAUGGCAUCAGCGAAGACAAGCUUCCGUUACUGUCUUCCUCAACGAGCAAAGACGACGACUGGACGUUGCAGAGCAAUCACCUGAACAGGUCGAUGUCUGGCCCUGAUUGCUUGGGCCGUCUGAGAGAUCCUCAUUCUCCCGAGUUUGAUAGGAUAAGCGUGACAAGUAACGACGUGUCCUCUAUAUCGGAGCAGCCUGAGGACGAAGUUGUGUUGCGGAGGCCUAACAAAGGUUCCACUGCAAUUAAGAGGAGGUCCGGCAAGAGGUUGUCGCGCAGCAAAGUCAAAAGGAGGUGCUCCAUCAACGGUCAUUUCUACGACAGAGAGACUAGUUUUUUCACACCGCCGCACGGCAGUCAGAUGAGCGUUUGGGUGAGCUCCCUAGUCAGCACGAACGAAGUUAUCAACCUGAUGCUGGAGAAAUACAAAGUCGAGAGCGAACCGCACAAUUUCGCAUUGUUUUUCGUUAGGGAUAAUGGAGAGCAACGGAGGUUGAAAGAGGAUGAGUACCCUCUGCUGACUCGCGUCUUAUUGGGGCCACACGAGGAUGUCGUGAAGUUAUACAUAAUGGAUGGCCACAACACUCCCGAAGUCAGUAGCGAGGUGGCGCAAUUUUUGAAUCUAUCUCUGGCCGAAUGUCGGGCUAUUCUAGGACAAUAUUAUUCGCAGGAGGAGAGGGAAGUAGCUAGGAUUAAAGAAAAAUAUGAGGAGAUGAGGAGAAGAAUAUCAUACAUGUUGAAGCGUGUCGAAGCUGCAUCAUGAUAAUCUGCAAUAAUUUUUUUAAUUUGUUGAGUAGUUUUUAUUUCUAUUUAACAUCACCAGAAUCUGUUUAAGAAAGUUCAUUUACUUACUCAACUUUUAAUUGAUUUUAAUUGAAACGUACUUUUUGUCUUUUUAUACUCUGUUAUUUUUUAUAAAAUUUUUUAACGUUUGUGCUAUACGUUGUUUUCAAUCUCGUAUGAGAUACGAGGCAGUUCAAUUUUACCGCGUUCAUUCCUCAGAUUUCAAACAGUAUAAUGAUUUUUGAAAGUAAUUAACAUUGGCAAUUGAAUUGAAUUGCUCUGGGAAGUGGACGUGGUCAAUUUUAUUGUACUAAUGGAAUUUUAGUACACUGAAUUAUGUCUGUUCUAGUUGUUUUAGAAUUUGAUUAUUAAAGACUGUAAUUUUUACUGAUUGUGAGGGAACCUAAAAAACACAAUAAAAUACUAGAAGGCAA